AAGUUCUCUAGGCAGCAAGAGCAUUGUUCAAGGAACAGUCUGAAGGCCAGUGUGAAUGGAAAAGAGUGAACCAGGCAAAAAUGAAGAAGACAAAGUUCUAUACCAGAGUCGAUUGUUGAUGGCACAUACUUUUAGACAAUGCUCACUGGCACUUAUUUUUAUAAUCAUGUGGCUGUUGAUUAAAGCAAAAAUAGAUGAGUGCAAGAGAGGCGAUGUGACUGUGAAGCCUUCCCGUGUAAUUUUACUUGGAUCCACUGUCAAUAUUUCAUGUUCUUUGAAGCCCAGACAAGGCUGCUUGCCCUAUUCCAGUCGUAACAAGUUAAUCCUGUACAAGUUUGACAGAAAAAUCAAUUUUCACCAUGGCCACUCCCUCAAUGCUCAAGUCACAGGUCUUCCCCUCGGUACAACCUUGUUUGUCUGCAAACUGGCCUGUAUCAAGAGUGAUGAAAUUCAAAUAUGUGGAGCAGAGAUCUUAGUUGGUGUUGCUCCAGAACAGCCUCAAAAUUUAUCCUGCAUACAGAAGGGAGAACAAGGGACUGUGGCCUGCACCUGGGAAAGAGGACAAGACACCCACCUAUACACUGAGUAUACUCUACAGUUAAGUGGACCAAAAAAUUUAACCUGGCAGAAGCAAUGUAAAGAUCAUUAUUGUGACUAUUUGGACUUUGGAAUCAACCUCACCCCUGAGUCACCUGAAUCCAAUUUCACAGCCAAGGUUACCGCUGUCAAUAGUCUUGGAAGCUCCUCUUCAUUUCCAUCCACAUUCACAUUCUUGGACAUAGUGAGGCCUCUUCCUCCGUGGGACAUUAGAAUCAAAUUUCAAAAGACUUCCUCCGUGAGCAGAUGUACCCUUUAUUGGAGAGAUGAGGGACUGGUACUGCUUAAUCGACUCAGAUAUCGGCCCAGUAACAGCAGGCACUGGAAUAUGGUUAAUGUUACAGAGGCCAAAGGAAGACAUGAUUUGCUGGAUCUAAAACCAUUUACAGAAUAUGAAUUUCAGAUUUCCUCUAAGCUACAUCUUUAUAAGGGAAGUUGGAGUGAUUGGAGUGAAACAUUGAGAGCACAAACACCAGAAGAAGAGCCUACUGGGAUGUUAGAUGUCUGGUACAUGAAACGACACAUUGACUACAGUAGACAACGGAUUUCUCUUUUCUGGAAGAAUCUGAGUGUCUCAGAGGCAAGAGGAAAAAUUCUCCACUAUCAGGUGACCUUGCAGGAGCUGACAGGAGGGAAAGUUAUGACACAGAACAUCACAGGACACACCUCCUGGACCACAGUCAUUUCUAGAACCGGAAAUUGGGCUGUGGCUGUGUCUGCAGCAAAUUCAAAAGGCAGUUCUCUGCCCACUCGUAUUAACAUAAUGAACCUGUGUGAGGCAGGGUUGCUAGCUCCUCGCCAGGUCUCUGCAAACUCAGAGAGCAUGGGCAACAUUCUGGUGACUUGGCAGCCUCCCAGGAAAGAUCUCUCUGCUGUGCAGGAGUACGUGGUGGAAUGGAGACAGCUCCAUCCAGGGGAUGACACACAGAUCCCUCUAAACUGGCUGCGGAGUCCCCCUUACAAUGUGUCUGCUCUGAUUUCAGAGAACAUAAAACCCUACACCUGUUAUGAAAUCCGUGUGUAUGCACUCUCAGAGGAUCAAGGAGGAUGCAGCUCCAUCCUGGGUAACUCUAAGCACAAAGCACCACUGAGUGGCCCCCAUAUUAAUGCCAUCACAGAGGAAAAGGGGAGCAUUUUAAUUUCAUGGAACAGCAUUCCAGUCCAGGAGCAAAUGGGCUGCCUCCUCCAUUACAGGAUAUACUGGAAGGAACGGGACUCCAACUCCCAGCCUCAGCUCUGUGAAAUUCCCUAUAGAGUCUCCCAAAAUUCACAUCCAAUAAACAGCCUGCAGCCCCGAGUGACAUAUGUCCUGUGGAUGACAGCUUUGACAGCUGCUGGCGAAAGUUCCCAAGGAAAUGAGAGGGAAUUUUGUCUGCAAGGUAAAGCCAAUUGGAUGGCGUUUGUGGCACCAAGCAUUUGCAUUGCUAUCAUCAUGGUGGGCAUUUUCUCAAUGCAUUACUUCCAGCAAAAGUUAUUUGUUCUCCUAGCGGCCCUCAGACCUCAGUGGUGUAGCAGAGAAAUUCCAGAUCCAGCAAAUAGCACUUGCGCUAAGAAAUAUCCCAUUGCAGAGGAGAAGACACAGCUGCCCUUGGACAGGCUCCUGAUAGACUGGCCCAUGCCUGAAGAUCCUGAACCCCUGAUCAUCAGUGAAGUCCUUCAUCAAGUGACCCCAGUUGUCAGACGUCCCCACUGCUCCAACUGGCCACAAAGGGGAAAAGGAACCCAAGGUCACCAGGCCUCUGAGAAAGACAUGAUGCACAGUGCCUCAAGCCCACCACUUCCAAGAGCUCUCCCAGCUGAGAGCAGACAACUGGUGGAUCUGUACAAGGUGCUGGAGAGCAGGGGUUCCUACCCAAAGCCAGAAAACCCAGCCAGUCCCUGGACAGUGCUUCCAGCGGGCAACCUUCCCACCCACGAUGGCUACUUACCCUCCAACAUAGAUGACCUCCCCUCACAUGAGGUGCCUCUCACUGACUCUCUAGAAGAACUGGAGCCUCAGCACAUCUCCCUUUCUGUUUUCCCCUCAAGUUCUCUUCACCCACUCACCUUCUCCUGUGGUGAUAAGCUGACUCUGGAUCAGUUAAAGAUGAGGUGUGACUCCCUCAUGCUCUGAGUGGUGAGGCUUGGAGCUUUAAAGUCAGCGUGCCCUCAACCAGCACAGCCUGUCCCAAUUCCCCCAGCCCCUGCUCCAGCGGCUGUCAUCUCUGGGUACUGCCAUCAGUCUGGCUGCAGCUAGAGGACAGUCAAGCCAGCUCUGGGGGAGUCUUAGGAACUGGGAGUUGGUCUUCACCCAGAUGCCUCAUCUUGCCUUUCCCAGGGCCUUAAGAUUACAUCCUUCACUGUGUGGACCUAGAGACUCCAAUGUGAAUUCCUAGUAAAUUUCUUGGUAUGCUGGCCAGAAAGGGAAAUGAGGAGGAGAGUAGAAACCACAGCUCUUAGUAGUGGCAUACAGUCUAGAGGACCAUUCAUGCAAUUACUAUUUCUAAAGCACCCGCUACACAGCAGCCUGUACACAACAGAUCAGUACUGUCCGACAGAACUUCCUGAGAUGAUGGAAAUGUUCUACCUCUGCACUCACUGUCCAAUACAUUAGACACUAGGCACAUUGGCUGUUAAUCACUUGGAAUGUGUUUAGCUUGACUGAGGAAUUAAAUUUUGAUUGUAAAUUUAAAUCACCA